UCAAGCUUGAAGCGUCGCUCUGUUAGGUACACAGCAGCGGCCGAUGGACAGUUUUACUUUUGCUGCAUCCAAACAAAAGGAAAUUCCGAUUUAUUUAAAUAAAGAAAGUGAAUGAAAAUGUCGCUUAAAAUAAUUUGGCUUCUUGUAAUUUUUGCACUAGCCACUAUGGUGCUAGCGGCAGAAGCGCGCGGAGGCCGAGGACGCGGUGGUUCAUUCGGCACUACAUUUUAUAGACGCAGUCAUAAGAAGCACAGCUCCUCAAGUGGGACCAGCUCACGCCGUAAAGUCGUCAGUGGCUCACCAGUACAUACCUCAUACACGAAGGCACUGAUUUCUGGUGGUCACAAUACCGAUCUUAAGUUGGGCAGCAGUCACAAAAGUUUUAGUAGUCACAGUAGCAGCAGCAGCAGUCACAAUAGACACCCAUACCGGGAUGCAUCGCAUACAAACUAUCACAGCUUUAGUCAAUUUUACACACAGCCUCGCUCGAGUAGAUACGGUUCGAGUGCAACUAACCACUAUAAUACGCUGGGUGCCAAUGCUCACAUAUCGCACACUUGGGGUGGCCAUCAGUUGCCGCCGGGACAUGUAUACGUUGCGCAACCGGCGCGCAUGCCGCCCAAUUCGGUUUACUAUGCACAACCGCCGCGGUAUCGGAGCAGCGCUGAUGAUGCAACGGACUUCGUACUAGGCUACCUUGUUGGUCGAAGUCUUACACAUCGUAAUCAUCAUCAGCAUUACUAUCAGCACUAUCAGGAGCAACAACCCACCAACGGUCAAACUAUAAACACAAAAGUGAACUUAGAAAACAAUACGGCCACCACAAGUCACUCUGUUACAAAUAAAAACAACAACAACACAACAAAUCAGACUCACUACUGGCCUACAGACUUUGCUGUGUCAUUGGCGCCUUUGAACGAAUCUCUGCUUGCGGAAGACAUUACCUCAUCACCCCGGGAAGCCAUAUUCAAGAGCCCACCAAUUCACAUCGCUCGUUCACUUAAAGUGGAUAACUUAACAUUUGAACUGCCAACAGCCACUGCAGCGCCGCCAGAUAUGCCACCCACAGGUGGCAUAAUCUGCAUGCCUUGGCUAUUUAAUGAAACCGAUCCCAUUCAUCCGGCGAAUGUUGUCACAAUUGAGAAGACAAUUUGCUUCCCAGCACCAUCACCGCCGCCGCCGUCAGCACCACAAACAACACCGCAAUCAUCCACGGAUCCGAUCGCUGGAGAUAUUGCAGUUCGAAUCCUACAAUAACAACAACUUAAAUUACGGCAGCGAGUUUUGGAAAAUGUUCAUGGUUUUCAACUCUAUAAAGUAGUUUUCCACAUUCUUAAAUUACUUAUUAACUUUUGUACAAUUUGUAUUUCCUUGCUGAGUGCAAACAUAUAUUAAAAUCAAACUUCGAAAAUGUA